CGGCGACGCAAAGUGCGCCUGCGCGGGGCCUCUGGCGCGUGUAGUGAAGGGAAGAAAGGUGAUUCGGGGCCGAGCCCCUACGACACUGAGGACAAGGCACUUCACAGGGCCUCGCUGCGCGGGACACCCUAAGUUGUAGUAACACAAGAAGGCCAGUAAUAGACCUCAUGAGACUUUCCCGGCUCUUUUCUGGCCCCCACCCCAUAGGACUGUCUGUCCUUCAACACUUGGAUCUUCUUGGAUCUACCCGAUGGACAGCAGGCAAGGAGGGACUUGGACAGCUGAGGGCAGCAUGGCCACAUUGGCAGGUGUCAGAAGCCUUCUGCAGCUCUUCCUCCCACCGAGGGAGCCAGAGGAACAUGAGCAGCCUCUGCUCGGACUCCAGUAAGCUCAGCAUGGUGGCCCCUCAGGAGGAGGAGGAGGAGGACGAAGAGAGCUUUGGGACCCUCUCUGACAAAUACUCCUCUCGGAAAAUAUUCCACAAGUCAACAGCCCAGCUGUAUAACCUGCGGCUCAAGGAGCAGGGUGUUGAGGAGGAAGAAUUGGAGCCCAGACUGUGGCGGGGCCGGAGGAACACUCCAUACUGGUACUUCCUUCAGUGCAAACGUCUGAUCAAGGAAGGAAAGCUGGCGGAGGCCCUGGAUCUGUUUGAGAGGCAGAUGCUGAAGGAGGAGCGCUUGCAGCCUCUGGAGUACAACUAUACAGUGCUGAUCGGAGGCUGUGGGCGCGUCGGCUACCUGAAGAAGGCCUUCAAGCUCUAUAAUGAUAUGAAGAAGAGAGACCUGGAGCCCUCAGAUGCCACAUACACAGCUCUGUUCAACGUCUGUGCGGAGUCCCCCUGGAAGGAAUCUGCCCUGCAGAGUGCGCUGAAGCUUCGACAGCAGCUCCAGGCCAAAAACUUCCAGCUCAACCUGAAAACAUACCAUGCCCUGCUUAAGGUGGCCGCCAAGUGUGCAGACCUCAGGAUGUGCCUUGAUGUCUUCAAGGAAAUCAUCCACAAGGGACAUGCAGUGACAGAGGAGACCUUCUGUUUCCUGCUUAUGGGCUGCAUCCAGGACAAGAAGGCAGGCUUCCGGCAAGCCGUGCAGGUGUGGUGGCAGAUGCUGAGUCUGGGGAUCAAACCAACUAGGCAUGGCUAUAACCUCCUCUUGGGCGCAGCUCGAGACUGUGGUCUGGGGGACCCAGAGGUUGCCUCCAGGCUGCUCCUGAAGCCUCAGGAAGAGACCAUCCUACUCCAGCCCCCAGCAAGCAGGCCUCAGGCAAGGAGGAAAGUCCAGGCCAAGGCAGAGGAUGGUGUGUCAAUUAGACAUGUGGAGGCACUGGAGAGGCAGUUGUUUCUGGAACCUUCUCAGAAACUUGAGGGGCCUUCAGACUUCCCUGAGAGUGGGGUAACAAGCAGGACACAGCCCGAGGUAGAAACCAAGGCAGAACCUGGCCACAUAGCAGCCCACACCCCACUGGCCCUAAAGCCUUCCCACUUGGAGCUGGAAUUCAAUAUCCUGAGUCUUGGAACUCUCCCCUCGACCGUAGUCUCCUUUGGGACAGUGGCCACUCCUGCUGAUAGGCUGGCCUUGAUGGGGGGCCUGGAGGGCUUCCUGGGCAAGAUGGCAGAGCACGGUCUCCAGCCGGACAUCAAAACCCUCACUCUCCUGGCUGAGGUGGUGGAACCUGGGAGCCCCGCAGAGUCCUCACUACUGACCAUGCUGGACAGGCAUGAGGUGGAGGCCGACGUGACCUUCUUCAACAUGCUGAUAAGGAAGAAGAGCAAGCUGGGAGACCUGGAGGGAGCGAAGGCGCUGUUGCCAAUCCUGGCAAAGAAGGGAAUUGUCCCCAAUCUUCGAACUUUCUGCAGCCUGGCCAUUGGGUGCCGUAGGCCCAAGGAUGGUAUGCAGCUGCUUGCAGACAUGAAGAAAUCCCAGAUGACCCCUAACACCCACAUCUACAGCGCACUCAUCAACGUGGCCCUCAAGAAGCUGGACUAUGCCUAUCUCAUUGAUAUCCUGAAGGACAUGAGGCGGAACAGUGUCCCAGUGAACGAAGUAAUCAUCCGCCAGCUCGAGUUUGCUGCCGAGUACCCUCCCACCUUUGACCGGUACAAAGGGAAAAACACCUACUUGGAGAAGAUCGAUGGUUUUCGAGCAUAUUACAAGCAGUGGCUGAAAGUGAUGCCAGCAGAGGAAGCCCCCCACCCCUGGCAGGAGUUCCAGACCAAGCCUAAGGGGAACCAAGACACCACUGGGAAUGCUGGUGUUGGUGAAGGCCUUAGGGACAGGUGAUGGAGCAUGCUGCUAUGACAAGUACCCAGCUUUCACAGUGCUGAUGGAACCCAAGAGAAUAUGCUGGUGUCACCUUUCUAGAGGCACUGAAGCAUUACAGGCACAGGCGUGAGGACAAAUGCUGGGCCCAGGGUGCCCUCCCUAUCACUGGUGAGAAAGGUUAUGCUCCUGGUCACACAGUGUCUAUGACAUUGAGCCCAUCCCCUGCAUUCCACAGCCCACUGCUCUAAAAGAAUGAAUAUAGCCAAGAGGUCUAAAGGUUUUAUUUUUACAGAUUUCAGCUAGUAAACACUGAAGCCUUCACCUGUAGAGCCCAUGCUCCCUCUGGGUCUCUUCUCUGGGCACCACUCUGAGAAGAGCUGCUCCAGGACGGGGGUGGUCCAAUAGUCAGGAGCCAACAAGGCCCAAAGUCCAGAAUGUAGAGGGAGGGGUCAAGGGUGUCAGCCAGAGCAGCCUCGGCAGCCACAGUGCGUGCACUCAAUGAUGCGACCCUGUAACAGAGGAAGGAGACAUCUGUAUAUACUGCUACAGCCCUGCACAUACCUAUAGGAACCUGCUGUACAGCUGCUGAUGGAACACUCCCUGAAGGACAUCUCUAUUAGACAGUUCCAUUUGGGUAUUUCAGCUUCUUUGUGAAAAUGGAAACAGCUACUACUAGCCCAAAGUUAUAUGUCUGUGUUUGACUGAUUAAAGAUGUGCCACAAAGGA